GGAAGGAUAUUAUGAUCAUAUGAUAUGAGCAGCGAACCGAGUGGACUCAUCCUCCCGUCCAUCAUUCAAGUUCUUCCAAAUCCUCUGAAAAUAUUGAAAGAUGGUGCCAAACAAUCUCACAUGGCGCUUCGCAUGCUCGACUUGCAGAGAAACACGACCCCACCAUGCUUUUUUUUUCUCUCCCCACCAAAUUCAAAAAGCUUCACUUUUUGUGGGCCCAUAGUUAGCUGGAAGAUAAAGGCGACCAUUAUACCAUGGUAUAUGCAUGAACUGUGGAAUGUCUUGUGAAGGGGUGAAUAUAUAGGAGAAGAUGUCUCUCUAUGAUAAAAAUAUUGAUUCAGCAUUCCAUGGUGCAGGAGCAAAGGCUGGUUUAGAAAUCUGGUGCAUAGAGAACCUCUGGCUAGUUCCAGUUCCAAAGUCUUUGCAUGGGAAAUUCUUUUCUGGAAGUGCAUAUGUAGUUUUGAAUACGGUUUUGCUUAAAAGUGGGACUCCUCAACAUGAUAUACAUUAUUGGAUCGGAAGGGAUGCGAAAGAGGUGGACUCAGCGAUGGCAUCUGACAAAGCACUUGAAUUGGAUGCAGCUUUGGGGUCCCAUAUUGUGCAGUAUAGGGAAGUUCAAGGUCAAGAAAGUGAAAAGUUCUUGUCAUACUUCAAACCUUGUAUCAUCCCAGUUGAAGGAGUGUUUUCUGUAGGACCAGGGGAUGCAAACGGUGAAACAUACCAAGUCAGCUUGUUAAAAUGCAAGGGAGACCGUGUUGUUCAUGUUAAAGAAGUGCCUUUUACUCGAUCGUCCUUGAACCACAAUGACGUUUUCAUACUUGACACGGCGUCAAAAAUUUUCCUCUUCAGUGGGUGCAACUCCCUCAUACAAGAAAGAGCUAAAGCUUUGGAAGUUGUUCAGUAUAUCAAAGAGAAUAAACACAAAGGGGAUUGUGAGAUUGCAACUAUAGAUGAUGGAAAAUUUGUGGGUGAUUCUGAUGUUGGGGAAUUCUGGAGCUUAUUUGGUGGUUAUGCUCCCAUUCCUCGGGAUUCACCCUCAGCUGUUCAGGAACAGCCUGAAUUUCCAACGGCCAAACUAUUCUGGAUAACUACUCAGGGACAACUAUGUCAAUGUGGGACUAAUACUUUGAACAAGGAAAUGCUUGACACAAACAAGUGCUAUUUGUUGGAUUGUGAUACCGAGCUUGUUGUUUGGAUGGGAAGAAAUACAUCAAUUAUGGAACGGAAGACAUCGAUCUCAGCUGUAGAAGAUUUCCUCAGAUCUCAGGGCAGAUCAGUGGGUACCCAUUUAACUUUCGUAACAGAAGGAUCAGAAACCGCCUCAUUUAAGUCAUACUUUGGUGGUUGGCCUCAAACAGCAGAGGUGAAGCUGUAUGAAGAAGGUCGAGAGAAAGUAGCAGCAAUAUUCAAACAACAAGGUUAUGAUGUGAGGGAGCUUCCUGAAGAGGACUGCCGGCCAUUUAUUGAUUGCAGUGGCACACUAAAGGUUUGGCUGGUGAAUGGUGAUGAAGUGUCCCUAGUUCCGGUUGUAGAACAGAAAAAGCUUUUCAGUGGGGACUGUUAUGUUGUGCAAUAUACAUAUCCCGGAUAUGGCAGAAAUGGAAUGGAGGAGAAUCUAUUCUAUGCAUGGCUUGGCCGCAGGAGUGUAAUGGAAGACAGGGCUGAUGCUAUCUCCAACAUGAACACUAUUGCUAAUUCAACCAAGGGAGAUCCAGUUUUGGCUCAAAUUGUUGAGGGGAGGGAACCAAUUCAAUUUUUCUCGAUUUUCCAGACAUUGAUUAUUUACAAGGGGGGAAUGAGUAAAAGGUACAAGAGGUCUAUGGCAGAAAAAAGUAUUUCAGAUGAAACUUAUGAUGACACAAAGACAGCUCUUUUUCGAGUUCAAGGGACAAGUUCACUUAACAUGCAAGCCAUCCAAGUUGAUCUGGUUUCAAGUUCUCUUAAUGCAUCCCAUUGUUACAUCCUGAAGACUGAGACAUCUAUCUUCUCUUGGAUCGGGAAUCUCUCCUCAACCAGAGACCAUGAUCUUCUCGACAGAAUGCUGGAUCUGAUAGAUCCAAGAUUGCAACCUGUAUUAGUGAGGGAAGGUAGUGAACCUGAUGUUUUCUGGAAUGCACUGAGUGGAAAGGCAGAAUAUCCAAGGGAAAAGGAGAUUAAAGGAUACAGAGAAGAUCCACAUUUGUUUUCCUGUACCUUUACUGAAGGCGAUUUCAAGGUGAAAGAGAUAUUCAACUUCUCCCAGGAUGAUUUAACUACUGAAGAUGUUCUAGUUCUGGACUGCCACUGUGACAUUUAUGUUUGGAUAGGACGCCAUUCACAUAUUAAAUCAAAGCAACAAGCCCUUACUAUUGGCCUGAAAUUUCUUGAGAAGGACAUUCUUGUUGAAGGCCUUUCUUUGGAGACUCCGGUUUAUGUUGUUACAGAAGGUUAUGAGCCACCAUUCUUCACUCGUUUCUUUGAAUGGGAUUUCUCAAAGGCAAAUAUGCUUGGUAACUCAUUUGAGCGGAAGCUUGCUAUUUUGAAGGGAAAAGCACAAAAAAUGGAAGCACCUUUAAGAAGUUCACGGAGAGCAUACUCUUUGGAGACUACGCCAGAAAGUUUGAGAAGCCGGUCUGUUACUCCCAAUGGAAUAGGGAGAAGCUUAUCUCCUGCAUCUGGUGUUUCUGGUGCAAGUUUUAGAUCUUCAGAUACACGCCGCUUUUCCAGCCCAACUCCAACUACCAGAACACUAUUCUCAGGAUAUUCUCCAGAUCUUGAUAAUGCUGAUGGAUUGUUGGUAUCUACAGGUUCUGUAGAAAAAGUGCCAAUGCGCAAUUCAGAGAAGGCGGGUAUCCUGCUGGAUAAACAAACUGAAAAUGGUGUAAACUUGUUAAUCUACCCAUAUGAGCGACUAAAAGUGAUUUCAAAUGACCCUGUAACAGGCAUAGAUGUAACCAAAAGAGAGGCGUAUUUAUCCGAUGAAGAGUUUCAAGAGAAAUUUGGAAUGCCAAAAAGAGACUUCUACGAGCUUCCCAAAUGGAGACGGAACAAAAUGAAGAUGUCUCUUCAUCUUUUCUAGAAGCCAGGUGAAAAUGUAUCUAAUGAAUUAUUUCGUUGCCAGGGAUAAUCUGUUGUUUUUUUUUUCUCUGAGAGGACUGUUUGUCACACAGCAUUUGGAACCCAAACCUAGCCUAUUGAAUGCGUCAUCUUAACUCUUAGUCUCUUAAUUCGUAGUUGAAUGUAGAUUUCCCAGCUUUCUUGAAGAAAGCCUUGAUCUAAGAAAUCAUAAACCAAGGAUAUUUGUUUUAUUGGUAACUGAACUGUACUUUUUUAAAGAAUGGAAACAUUCUCAGUUCAUUAUGGCUA